AUGGUGGUUCUCAUUUGCACUUCUUUUCCUUACUCUCUCGAAUUCGUUGCCCUGUGGACAACACUUUUUAUUGACGGUGUCGAAUGGGCUGGACUGAAAUUCUUUCAGAUUACACCAAGUUGGCGUACCCAAAUCAAAUCGUUUCCAGUGGGUACAAUGGGGGUCGGGCGGGCGGAUCAACAACCGUCAACCUUUCCAACUGCUCCCUCAUCCGGUGUCACAUCUGAUGGAAUCAGAUGA